CAGGCUCGGCUCGAAAAGUCCCGGAAGUGACGUCGAUCCAAAAUGGCCGCCUUGGGACUCUUUUGAGGGACUUUUGUUUAUUUAUUAUUUUAUUUAUUAGGUACAAGAAACAAAAGAUUGCACUGUGAUAUCAGACGCUGGAGCACCUCGUGCGUCGGGGGAGAAGAGGAGGAGGAGGAGGUGGUGGCGGCGGCGUAACGCUAGCAAAACACCACUAACAAGGAACAGGAGAUACAGUCUUGAGAAGGGAUUAAAUGACGACAGAGCCAGGUUGAGGGUUGAACAUCCACGCUGACCAUGGCAACACCUGCAAAUGUGCAGAACCCCAGUAAAAACUGGGAACUCAGUCUGUAUGAAUUACACAGAACUCCUCAGGAAGCAAUAAUGGAUGGAACAGAGAUUGCAGUUUCUCCACGUAGUCUCCAUAGUGAGUUAAUGUGUCCAAUCUGCCUUGACAUGCUGAAAAAUACCAUGACAACCAAGGAGUGCCUGCAUCGUUUUUGCUCAGACUGCAUUGUAACUGCUUUGCGCAGCGGCAAUAAGGAAUGUCCAACCUGUCGUAAGAAAUUAGUGUCUAAACGUUCUCUGCGUCCUGAUCCAAAUUUUGAUGCCCUCAUUUCCAAGAUUUACCCAAGUCGAGAUGAGUAUGAAGCCCACCAAGACCGAGUUCUAGCAAGACUUAGCCGGCUGCACAACCAGCAAGCCCUCAGCUCUAGUAUUGAAGAGGGACUUAAAAUGCAAGCUAUGCACAGAGCUCAGCGAGUCAGAAAGCACCAGCAAGAGUCUGAUAAUACCACCUUCAGUGGUGGCGAGGAUAACUGUGAUAGUCGCUCUCAUGUGAGCCAUGGAUCUGCCCACGGAUCUACACACAGUGCUACCCAUAGUGCAGCUCAAGAGGCAGGGCCUAGUCGUAAACGAUCUAAGGCAUCAGAUGAGUCCUGUCCCGAUUUGGACCAGUCACAUGAGGGGGGUGUGGCAAGUCCACAUGAGUCAUCUGGCUCAGAGAUUGAGCUUGUGUUUAGACCGCACCCUCUUUUGGUUGAUAAGGAUCAAUACUCUCAAACACGUUAUGUGAAAACCACAGCCAAUGCCACUGUCGAUCACUUAUCAAAAUAUCUGGCACUUCGUAUUGCUUUGGAAGAAGAGCAGAAAGCUGCAGAAAGCAGUACUCCCAGUUCAGCUGGCAGGGCAGUCAAUUUGGAGGAUGUGAGUGAGAAGCAAUAUACAAUUUACAUCACCACAUCAGGGGGCCAGUUCACUACGCUGAAUGGAUCUUUGACAUUGGAGCUUGUGAAUGAGAAGUACUGGAAAGUAAGCAAGCCACUGGAACUGUACUAUGCACCUACGAAGGAACAAAAGUAAUGGCUGCACAAAGAAGCAUUACAGUAUGGUCCUCUGUUUUCCCAAUGACUUUUACUUCUCACAGGUCACUUGUUAAGAGGUUACAUGAGAAGCACACACAAAACUUUAAAAGACUUUACAGGACAAGAAGUGAUCUCCGGCUGGGAAUCGGAGCUUUCUGGCAAAAAAGUAGAAUGAAGUUUUUUUACUGAUUGUGAAAUGAGAUUUUGACUUUAGAAAAUUGUUUUUCUAUCAGCUUUUUAUUCUCUAGCAUCCAUUCCCUUUUGAAGAUUAUGCUGACUGUUAAAAUAUGUCUCUCAAAAUGUGAGAGUUUCAAUUAUUGUUUCAUAGAUUUUCAUUUGUAAAAUCCUGCACACCUGUGUUGUUUUUUUUUCUCCACUCCUUUUCUCUUCACAGUUGAAAACUAGUACUGCUUAACUAGUGUAUAGGUUUUCUGAUUUGUAGAUUCUUAACAUCAACACUUAGGUAUGGCCCUUUUCAAUAAUUACGCUUUUUACCAUACAUUAAUAAAGAACAUUUUUUUCAAUACCCAUAUUUCUAAGGAAUAAGAAAAAAAACUGUUUUAUUGCAAUCUUGUUAAAGUUAUGUAACUCAUAUUAUGAAGCAGGAGAUCAGAUUUAACAUAGACAGUAUGAAAUGAAACAAAACAAAACUUUAUACCCAGAAAAUGAUUAUAAUUUAAAUUGUAAUUGUUGCACAUGUAAAAUAUUUAAUCAGUUUAAUUAAUACUUUUGUUAUGGGUAACUACAUUUUUUACAUUCUCAAUAAAAAUGUGUAGUUCUUUAAAAGUAAUAAAAUUAACUCUUGCUCCUUAAUAUAUAAGAAAACUGGAAGCUUAAGAUCUCAAAUCAUUUUUAUAAUUUCUCUUAAAACCCUAUUAUUGCACAUUUAGUUAUGUUUUCUGACAGGUCACUGAAUUCUUUAUUUUCCACAAUUUUCUUUGUAUAUCUAAAUGCCAAACAGUUAAUUUGAACGAUGUUAAAAUAUUUUUUAAAGGCUAGAAUAAAUUUAUUUACCCAAUAAAUUGAUAAAGAACAAGAGGACAAAAAGAAUUGUAAAGUGCCUAUUCUGUAUUACUGAAGUAUUUUUUAUUUUGCUCAGUAGUAAGAUUGCAAUGGAUCAGUAAGCUUCUAUAUUUCCUUGGCUAUUCACUGUAUUAUAAUCACUAAUCUGUUUGCAGUUAUACUUCAUGUCAUUUUUCCCCAUGUAAUUUACAAAGAUGUCUGUUUGUCUUUCUUGAAAUUUUCAUUUGGCUGUUAAGCUGUGUACAGUUUGUGUAUUUGUAUUCUUAAAAAUAGUGCAAAUUAUGUUUGUUAAUGGUUUUGGUGUUGCCAAGAUGGAUCCAGUGCCUUAAACAAAUAAGAUUCAGGUAUCUACAGUGAUCUUUUCUGAGGGAUUUGUGCAGGGGAAAAUGCAUUAGAAUGUUUUGGCAGACUUCCCCAUUAUUAAAGCAGAUAAGUGCCCAAUAUUACAUCCAAAAGCAUUCCUCCAGCUUAACCGCUUUAGUAUGUUUGGGUGGGUGGAUUGCUGUUUAUCACCCUUUUUCACUGUACUUUUUGUGAUAUUGAAAGACAGACCAUUGCCUAAUUCCCAUUAAAUGGGACGUUCAUUACUGUGAUUUAUUGUGGCCAUUUUGGUACAGUGUGUAUGGCACAGCAAGUAUCAAUUUCAAGACUGUCGUUUCUCUUAAAGGGGGAAACCAUGUUUGAAUUUUAAGCAUAAAUGUUUUCCAGCAAAUAUUUUUUUAGGUUUUGGAAAGAGAAUGAUAUCAUAUAUAUUUCUUAGUUUUUCCUUUGGAAUGGAAUUAGCAAACCAUAUUUAAAAUUGUGUUUUUAUUAGAAAAAUACAUCAUGUUAAUAUGUUGGACUGUGUAAUUUUUGCUUUGUAAAAAAGAAGAGUUCCCUUCACUGCUUUUGGCAUUGUCUAAUUUAACAUUGUGAAUACUGGUAAUGACUUCUUCUUUGGGGGGGGGGGCUUCUCUAGACUGACAUCCUUCAGUUGUGUGUGGGGUGGGGAGGGGAGUGAAAAUUGUCUCCAUAACCUCACGCUAAUUUUGUAAUCUUCAUCAAGGUAUGUGGUCUACCAUGAUAUUACACAUACAUAAAGUUUAGUUAUGAGCAUUCUUAUAUUUGCAUUGAUUAAAUCAUUCAUUUUUGACAAUACAUAUCCAGUUUUAUAGGCAAGUUGGUGUCUACCCCAGCAGGUCUGGGCACACGGGAGGAUGCAGUUGCAGAUUCAGUACUGGGAGAGGUUGCACAGUUUGAUAUGCACCAGAUAUAUAUGGCUACCUUAUUUGUAUUGUCUGUAAGGUAAGCAGAGGAAUGUAGCUAUCACGUUGGAGGGCCUGUGAUGGGCAAAUACUUUAUGCUGUCAACAUACAGUAAUUGGUAGAAUAUUGCUAAAAAUAUGAAUAAACAAAUAUUUUCUCUUUGUAACUUCAAUGUCUGACUAGGCUUAAUUAACUCAUCAAGGAACUGAUUUAUUUAGAACUGUGGCAUAUACAUUAUUGUAAGUAUAUUUUAUAUUUAUAGAAUAUUCUUGCAGUUGACAGCCAAAUAUACUCAUUUUAAUCAAACUAAUCUUUAUUUACUGCAUUUGAGUCACAUGGGGUCAAUCACUAAGGCUUGGUCAUUGGUAAUGUCUGGUUCAAGUGGCAAAGCAUUUAAUACAUGACUUAUAUUGGAAAUGUUUAGAGAAUUCUGCUGAUCAAAAAAAAGUUUUUUGUCUGUUUAUGACUCUUUACCUCUAUUUGUAUUUUAUAAUACCUUCUUCUGAAAUUACCAUACAUGAUGUUCAUGUUAUGUACAGUACUGUUGCAUUCUUGAGGUAUAAUAUGUAGAGAAUUGCCACUGGUUAGGUUAAAAAUGUUAGCAAGAGUAAUUAACAUCAUUCAAGAAAUAUUGCAUUCAUUUUUAUAUGUUUGUUGUUUCAUUUAGCAAUUGUCCCAAUGUCACUUAAUGAUUAGUUCAUGGGUCUUGUUGGUUAGUUUUCCUCCGCUGCAGUGAUAAGUAGUAGUAUUGUCACAUCUACAUAGUGCAGUGAAAUCCUCAGUUGGAUGUUUGACCCUCAUGUAACACUCCAUUUUAUGCUGCCAUAAUAAACAGUACUGAAUUUAAAUACAAAAUUCCCUGUUAAUAGAAAACGCAUAUCAGCUCGCCUAAUGUACUUCUUACUCCUGUUUCCAUGUUCAGAUUACCUGAGACACUGUGGGAAGAAAAACGCCUGUUUAAUUAUAUACUGUAUAACAGCAUAAAUUAAUAAAGUGGAAUCCUUUU